AAUGCGGACGAACCAUUCAUAUCAGACGGCUACUUCUACACAUCAUUUCGGUCUAUCUGCCGUCGUAGCCAAGUGAUACGAGUGGUACAGGUGAACGGUUCUAGUAAUUAUAGAUAUCAUUACCUUAAUUACAUAUUUCUGGAUGAAUGCGAAGUGGACAAGACCAGACCGGAUAUUCUGCCGGCGACGCGGCAUAAGCGAAUCGCUACUAAAGCUAGAAGCUAGCGUUCUGUAUAUAUGUUGGUCUAGACGUGAUUCCAUUCGCCUGCCUUUCGGUAUCUCUACCGCCUUCUGGCUGCAUCACUGAUAUUGUCACCGACUUCAUUAUCGAUACGAUCAAGAUGAAGGGAUCUUUUCUUUCUCUUAUUCUUGCGCUCGCUGCGCCCUCUCAGGCGUACCUCCGCUUCGGGUGUGCUACUCUCAGCGUCCAGCGUUUAGACCCUCUGGUUCAACCUGGUGUCAUCCCUUCGGCACAUCUCCACCAGAUCGUUGGUGGAAAUGGCUUUAACGCAACCAUGGACCCUACGAAGGACGUCAGUCAGAGGGCUACCUGCACAACCUGCACAUUUUCCGAGGACUUUUCUAACUACUGGACCGCUGUCCUAUACUUUAAAGCCCGUAAUGGAACAUACAAGCGUGUGCCCCAGUAUCCAAAUGCCCUAUUAGGUAAUAUUAAGGGCGGAAUGACCGUCUAUUAUAUCCAGGAGUCGUUCAGCUCGAACGGAAACCAGAAAAUCACAGCUUUCAAGCCUGGAUUCCGCAUGACAGUUGGAUCACCAGAGAGCAAGGACGGUACCAACCCAGGCCUACGUUAUACCUGUCUGCAAGAUGUUAUGACGAGGUUUCCCGAAACCGCCGAGUUCCCUAAGCAGCCGUGCAAAGCGGGCAUCAUGGCUAUUCACCACUUCCCAGCAUGCUGGGACGGCAAGAACCUCGACAGCCCUAACCACCAAGACCACAUGUACAAUACGAACAAGGGGGCAUUCACAACUGCUGGACCCUGCCCGGCGUCGCAUCCUGUUCGUGUGCCCCAAGUUGCCUAUGAGACCAUGUGGGACACGACUCCAUUCAACGACAAGUCUCUGUGGCCCGCGGACGGUUCUCAGCCCUUCGUAUGGAGUUACGAAGACAGCGUAGGUUACGGUACUCACGGGGACUACCUCUUCGGCUGGAAGGGUGAUGCUCUUCAGCGCGCUAUGGACUCCAAGCCUCUACUAAGCAACGGAAUUACAAUUCAGAGCGUAGACCAGGCUAAUAAAUGCACCAUCAAGAGCACUGUCAAUGAGGAUAUCGACGGAUGGGUCACUAGUCUACCUGGCAGACACAUGAAUAUGUAGGAAUGUAUUUGGGUUUAAUUAAGAAGUGGUUUUUAUGAUAGGGCCUGAAGAACAAUACUAGGAUUUAUAUUCUAUGAUGUUUGAUAUUAGAGAAGCAUCUAUUCUUUUCGGAAGAUGGAUAUCAUUAUAAUUUGCUAGUUGUGGUAUCAAUCUGGAGACUUAAUUUCGAAUCUUGGACAUGAUUCAGGCUUUGGGUUCCCAUGUGCUGAUCUGACACAUAACUAUUAAGUAUCUUGGUGGCGCCG